CAGCAACAAAAACAACAACCAAGCAACUGCAAAAUAAAACACGAUAGCUGCGUCGUGAGAGACGCAAAAUCUAAAAUUUAUUUAUUAUUCGGUUGUCGGUAGAAAUUGACGCAUACGAUUGAAAUUAAUUGAAAGUAAAACAAGUGCAAAAUAAUUGAUUUAGACAUAUCUACUGUUGCAAAAUAUGCGAUAGGCACUGAUAAGACAUCAAUUUAUGAAAUUAUACGAAAUUGUUAAAUAUGCAUGCGAUAAGCAAUUGUGGCCGCUCCGUAACACACGCCUGCUGACUACACUGGCUUGAGUGCCGCGGAGUAAACCUAACAAAUACCUAUAAACAAAAGACAUAAUUCGUCAUGUGAAAAUUUAAUCAAUAACUAACGCUUAAUAAUCUACUAGCCACAAACAUAUAAAAUCCACUAGUUGUACAUACUAUAAUAUUGCCUCGAAUCAACAUGGAAUUGCUUCAACGCUUGCUGUACACCGCCUUAAGUGCUGCCUCAAUUAUUUAUUUCAUAGUCAAAGCAAGUCUUUCGCACUGGAAGCGGCGCGGUAUAUUACAUGAGAAACCGAGAUUCUUAGUUGGUAAUUUGGGUGGUGUUGGUGGCAAACGUCAUAUUAGCGCUGUGCUGGAACAACUUUACGAAAAGUACAAAGGUCAAGCACCCUUCAUAGGUUGUUAUGCAUAUUUGAAACCAAUGGUUUUGGUAUUGGAUUUAGAUUUGGUACGAAAUGUGCUUAUAACACAUUCUGAACAUUUUAAGGAGCGAGGUGUAUUCGGUAAUGCGCCACAUGAUCCACUCUCGGCGAAUUUGCUGCAACAAGAUGGCGCAGAUUGGCAACGCCUAAACACGGUGGUGUGCCCAGCUUUUGCUCAAGAUAAUAUCUCACAGAUGCUACCCACGUUGGAGAAGGUCGCAAGCACAAUGCAUCGCUCUUUGACACAGGUGUCGGAAGAUGCGGCAGUGCCUGUUAAUAAUUUGGUGGAUUGUUAUAAUAUUGAUGUCAUUUCAACACUGGCGUUUGGCAUUAGUGGUGAAACGUUGCUAAAUUCCGAUACAGAAUUCCGUCGUAUGGCGCGUAGCUACCUCAAAGACUUCAAUAUGUUUCGUCUAUAUUUUCUUAUGUAUUUUCCAAAUGUUGCACGCUUGUUACGCUAUAAAAACUACGAACAAGCUGCUACUGAUUACUUUCUUAAGCUAGUGCGUCAGAAGCUUUUCGAACAGGAGUGGAGUCGCUUAGAUAAACGAAAUAGUUUCUUUCACAUGUUUGCCGAGUUGAAACGUGAUCGCGAUCCAAAAAGACGUUUAAGUGACGAAGAAAUCGCAGCACAGGCAUUUUCAUUUAUCCUUAUGGGUUUGGAAACAUGCAACUCGGCGAUGACAUUCUGCCUGUAUGAAUUAGCGCUGCAGCCGGAUUUGCAGCGGCGUGUGCAGGAAGAAAUAUGCAAUGUGCUCAAGCGUAAUGAGAAUGGUAUGGAUAGUAAAAAUUUGAACGAUAUGAAUUUGCUGAGGCAAUGUUUAAAUGAAACUUUGCGCAAGCAUACACCUUACUCUUUCCUACUACGUAAUACGAAUGAGGAUUACGAAGUGCCCAACUCUAUAUUCAUGCUGCGACCAGACAAUCAUCUAGUCAUCCCAAUAGCGGCUAUACACCAUGAUCCAGUGCUUUAUCCUGAGCCAAAUAAAUUCGAUCCGGAACGUUUCAGUAAGGAAAAUAGUAAGCGACGCCAUCCAAUGGCUUUCUUACCUUACGGUGCCGGCCCCCGUUACUGCCUAGCGCAACAAUUUGCCGAAAAGCAAAUGCUGGUUGGACUCGGAACACUGUUGCGUGAUUACAGUUUCAGUCCCUGUCGCGAAACACCUAUUCCACUGGUGUACGAUAACAAGCGCUUGGUGCUAACACCAAAAGACAAAUUGAAGUUAAAUGUUCAGCGUAGGUGAGAAGAGUACAAAUGUGGCAUAGAAGAAAAGUAAUAUAAACGAAAUAUAUUUAGACAUUCUGAUGGCACAAUUAAUAGUUGUGUACAAAAUUUAUUUUAAUUUCCUUCUAAAAUUAACUUGACUUCCUUUGUGUAAUUAUUCCGCCUUAUUGUUUUUAGGAUUUAGUUUAUUGUUUUUAAGCUCUAGUUUGCCUUAUGACUUUCCAAAUUAUGUGUAGGGAUUUCUAGGGUGUGCUAUUUUUUAGAUUUAUAUUUGAUAAUUCUUCACUACAC